ACGGCGGCAUGAGAUGCGGGAUGGUGCCAGUUGUUUGGGGCAGAAGUCUUGUGCGACGGGCAUAUGCCCGGCCCGCAACCAUGCAGGGUUUGCUUGAAAAGGCCCAUGAACCAUUGAACGCACCUGCCAAACAGAGCAAACGGCCGAGGACGCCGCCGCCCAAGGCUGACGCCGAGGAUGCUCUUGGGCUCAGUCGCAUGGAAUUUGAGCAGCGCAUCAUGGCGGAGACUCCGGUGCACGCAAACAGCAACCCUUUUAGCGUGGGUGCACAGGCCGGAUUUCGACAGACCUGGAUGCGGGCCGCAGCCCAUGUGGCCUCCAACCGCCAAAAGUUCAAUGCCACACCCAUCCAACCGGCGCUCUUGGCCAAGCUGGAUGCCUUUGGCCUUGGCCGUGUGCCACCGGGUGAGCGUGGUAGCAAGCAGCAACUCAACGUCAAAACCAGGGAUGACUACCUGAAUGCUUCGCACAAAGAAGCAGAACAGUUUUUUCGGUCUCGACGCCUCAACUUUCUGGGUGCUGCAACCACGCCAGCGUCUUUCUUGCCCGCUUCCGACAAGCCUGUUUUUGAGGUGGCUUUUGCUGGUCGCUCCAACGUGGGAAAAUCGACACUCAUCAACUUGCUGACAAAGUCCAGCCCAGCACGUAGCCGCAAUAAACCUGGUGUUACACAGAGUAUCAACUUCUACCGAGUAACAGAUCAAGCUCGAGUUGUUGAUUUUCCAGGCUACGGCUUUGCCUUUGCCAACGAGGCCAAGCAGUCCCUGUGGCAGGACGCGAUUCGGGCCUACUUGCAAGAUCGCACCGAGCUUGAGCUCGUGUACCUAGUUCUCGGUGCGCUUGGCUUCACCCCGACGAAAAAAAAAAGCCAGAGGCGUGACUCACCCCGUGUCCUCGACUACACGCCAAGUCUGAUGAGUGGUGCGUGCUGA